CAUUGUGGUCACCCGGAUUGACCUUAUUUCAAAAGAAUUCCCAUUUUGAGCAUUUCAAAACUUCGUAUGGUGAAACAAUGUUCAAAGUGAAAGCAACUCUAAACCAUCUAAAGAUGGUUCUGCUCUUGGGAUCUCCAAAAGGAUGUGUCUGUUACUUGCGUUUUUGACUGAGCUCUCCAAGUUUAGUACAUAAAAGUAGACGAACGUAUCGACUGCGGCAGACUACGGGAGAAGGAAAACAAUAAUAGAAAAAAGAAAACAAAAGAAGAAGAAAAGUUCAUAACUUUCCCAGUCAACAAACACCAACGAGAAAGAAUAACAACGAAUUUGAAUUCUUACUCUGGAAGCUUAUAGAUAAAGGAAUGGGUGAAUGAGUUGUAUUUUCCUGUUGAGUUUUAUUUGGAAAGUUGCUUGCUGAUCUCGUGCUUAGGAUGACUUUAAACUUUUGGGUUUUCCAAUUCUAGUCACAAAGUUGGGAUUUUUGAUAUUGGGUUUUUGGUAAGGGGAGAGUAAGAAAGCAUAAAGUUGAACAAAGAGUUCUGUUUUUCGUUUGACUUUGAUUGGAGAAAUCAUGGAUUGCCUUGAUAUGUGGUUCGAGAAGUAAGUUUUCUUUCAGCUUUGUGAAUGAGAAGGGGAAUUUUGGCCCCCUUUGUUUGCUUUGUUCUUGGAAGUGCGGACAUUGAAUGAGCUUUUUGGUUGGGUUGAAAACAUGAGUUCUGUGCUAGCACUUCUCUUCAAGUAGCCUUAUGAUUAUGGCAAAUCUGGAAUUUGGUAUUAUUUGAAGGGUUCUGAUUUGUAUUGGACUGGCAGUGAAAUUUUUGGAUUUAUUGUUGUGGUUCUCUUGGUCGGUAGCAUUUGUUUGUUUACAUAAAUUAUGUUAAAGCAGAUACUCAGUAAGCUUCCACGAAAGUCGUAUAAAUCGACUGAAAAUCGUGAUCGUGGUCGAAAUCUUGCCACCAACUCAUAUAAUUCCACUGGCUCAAGAAGCUGUGAUUUAGGGGCUAAGUCAGCAAAGUUGAACAUCACAUCUGUAACGGCAUAUGAUUCUGCAUGUGACAGAGGACAAAACCAUGGUAACGAUAUUCAGCAAGGUGUGACCUCAAAGCUGAAUGGAAUUCUGGGGUUUUCUUCAUAUGAAGGAUUGCCUGAACUCAGGGAUGUUCCGAGUUCUGAGAAGCAGAACUUGUUUAUAAAAAAGCUCAACCUUUGCUGUAUUGUAUUUGACUUCAGUGAUCCAACAAAGAAUCUCAAAGAAAAGGAUAUCAAGCGACAGACAUUGUUAGAGCUGGUAGAUUAUGUAACUUCUGUGAAUGGAAAAUUCACAGAAACUGUUAUGCAAGAAGUUAUAAAAAUGGUGUCUGCAAAUUUAUUUAGAACAAUCUCUCCUCAACCACAUGAGAAUAAAGUUGUAGAUGGUGUUGAUUUGGAGGAGGAGGAGCCUUCUAUGGAUCUUGCAUGGCCACACUUGCAGCUUGUGUAUGAGCUUUUCUUGAGGUUUGUGGCAUCGUCUGAGACAGAUGUAAAACCAGCUAAAAGAUACAUUGAUCAAUCAUUCAUUCUCAAGUUUCUGGAUUUAUUUGAUUCUGAAGAUCCCAGGGAAAGGGAGUACUUGAAAACAAUUCUCCACCGCAUUUAUGGCAAAUUCAUGGUGCAUCGACCAUUUAUCAGGAAAGCUAUCAAUAACAUGUUCUAUCAAUUUAUUUUUGAGACAGAGAAACAUAAUGGAAUUGCUGAACUUUUAGAGAUUUUGGGUAGUAUUAUUAAUGGGUUUGCUCUGCCACUGAAAGAGGAACACAAAAUGUUCCUCAUUCAUGCUUUAAUUCCUCUGCAUAAGCCAAGAUGCUUGGCAAUGUACCAUCAACCAUUGUCAUACUGCAUUAUGCAAUUUGUGGAGAAAGACUACAAGCUUGCUGAUGCUGUAAUAAGGGGUUUGCUAAAGUAUUGGCCUCUAACUAAUAGCUCAAAGGAAGUCAUGUUCCUGAAUGAGCUGGAGGAAGUUUUGGAAGCGACCCAGCCAUCUGAAUUUCAGCGUUGUAUGGUGCCCCUGUUUCAGAAAAUUGCUCAGUGUUUGAACAGCUCACACUUUCAGGUGGCAGAGAGAGCAUUGUUCUUGUGGAACAAUGAACCCAUUGAGAACCUGAUCAUACAAAACCGUAAUGUUAUAUUGCCCAUUAUCUUACCUGCUCUGGAGAAAAAUAGUAGAAACCACUGGAAUCAAGCUGUGCGUAGCUUGACUUUAAAUGUCCGUAAGAUUUUUGAUGAUCUUGAUCCUGAGCUAUCCAAUGAAUGCUUACAUAAGUUUGAAGAAGCAGAAAGGAAGGAAGAUGAAAUCAAAGCAAGAUGUGAAGCCAAAUGGGAACGAUUAGAAGAGCUUGCUGCUCAGAAAGCUCUAAGCAGCAAAGCAUGCUAAUUCCUUGCAUAUCAGCCCCUCACUCCUCUUCAGGUUAGCGAAAGUACAGAUUUUUAUUGGCAUUACUUUGGACAGUCAAUUUUUUAAGGACACCAGAUUCCUUACAUGGAUAAGAAUAUUCAAGUGGUCGUGCUGUUAAGUUUUCUCUUCCUACCGUAUGUUUCAUCCUUGCCAAUUGCCAAAGCCUGUAACAUUUUGUAAAUUGAUCCUUGUGUUAUAAUUCUAAUAGAGAGCUGUAUGAAAUAUAAUACUCUCUAUUCAGCUCUCUAUUAGAAAGCUGAAUGAAAGGCAAUUGAUUUUGGCAAAGUUAAACUAUUAUUAUUUUAAAUUUGAACCAGAAAAUUAAAUAUCUGUAGACAUUCAUUUAUGUUCUUGAAUGCUUAUCAUUUUUCUUCCUUUUGCACAAGAGAAUCUGUAUAGAGAAUGGAAAAAGUGAGAAAAGUAUUCAGGGUACUGUCUUUAAUGGUACCUACUGCCUA